AUGCCCACCCUUUCGCUACGCAAUACUUACAUACUCUCCCUUUGGUUAGCAAUUGUCUUUCCUUUCGUGGGCCUAUUCACGGCACUCCUUGUCGUGGCGGCCCCCAAUAGUCAGCUUUGCGCUCGCGGACAAAACGUUGUCGACAGCACGCCGACGUGCAAGGCCACUGCCUCUCCGCGGGUAUUUCAACCGGCCUCCUUUAACGCCUCUAAGUGGAUCUGGACUGGCGAGAACUUGACACCAGGAGGUAACAAUAUCAUCAGCACUCGACCUCUGAGGAAGAAUAUCACGACUCCUUGCGACAAGUGCGCCGUCUGCGCCACCAUCAUAGUAGCUUCUGACGACGCUCACACGUUCUACGUCAAUGGUGUUCGUAUCGGCGCUGGUGGGAACUGGAAACAGGGUCAGGCCCUGUUCGUAGCGUUACAACCAUCCUGGAACCUCUUUGCGAUCGCUGGUCAGAAUACCGUCGUCAAUAGUCCAGCAGGUAUCAUGGCCACGAUUUUGAUUCACUAUUCGGAUGGCACAAGCGGGACCUUCAUCACUGACGAGUCGUGGAGAACCCUCCGAGCUGCGCCCCCCGCCAAUUUCCAGCUCCCGUCAGUUGACGACAGUACUUGGGCCUUCGCCGCUGUGCAAGGGACAUUCCAGAAUUCGGUUUGGGGACAACCAACCCUCCCACCUGUCCUUCCCCUCACUGGUUCAAACUGGAUCUGGACGUCCGACAAUGUGGGUGGUAACGCUCCAGUUGGAUCUCGUGCUUUCAGAAAGACAAUCAAACAAUGUACCAAAGUCGCGGUCUGCGCCACUGUCUUGAUUUCCGCUGACAACCAUUAUACAUUAUACGUUAAUGGAGCCACAGUCGGAUCCGGUUCCAGCUUCUCUGCCGCCGAUGCCUACACCAUCCCCAACCUCCUACCUACCUUCAACACUUUUGCCAUCAAUGCAACGAACGACGCUGGUCCCGCUGGCGUCAUUGCAACUAUCUUCAUCACAUACCGAGAUGGUUCUAACGAAACGGUCGUCACUGACGGCAGCUGGAAGGCCGCCCUGACACUUCCUCAAGGAUUCGAGUCAUCUUCAUUCGACGAUUCUGCUUGGCAGAAUGCAAAGGUUGUUGGUGCUUAUGGGGUGGCGCCCUGGGGCGGCGCAUUGACUAUCCCCAGGGCUUAA